AUGACCUCUCCGCCUCUCGCGCACGACCCGAACAGGAUUCCUGCGCCCCUGCAGCGAGCGAGGGAACAUUCGAGGGCGCCGUCGGUUAGAUCAGUCGGGAGUACAGUGGACAGGGAUGGCAGGGUUAUCGAGGAGGUUGGGUCUCCGGGCGAGUCUGUACCGCUUGAGCUGCUCCAGUCAAUUUACCUCAGCCCGAACUCACCUUCGCCCGACACUGGCUCCUUCCCCUCUUCCUCGGGCAUGACUUGGAGCGGCACAGCUCAUCAACGCACCGAAUCCUUCUCCUCAGACCGCUACUCCCCGCACAACGUUCCUGACUGGCCAUCCGCCGUCUCGUUCACGAGCCGUACGACAUUCCCGCCGGUCAAGAAGCUUCCCAAGGCGCAGAAACGGAGGGUACUCGUCACGGGCGGAGCGGGGUUCGUUGGUUCGCACCUCGUCGACAGGCUUAUGUUCCUCGGGCACGAUGUUGUCGUGCUUGACAACUUCUUCAGCGGGAGCAAGUCGACGCUUUCGCACUGGGUCGGUCACCCGAACUUCGAGCUCGUGCGCGGCGACGUCGUCGAGCCGCUCCUCAUCGAAGUCGACCAGAUCUAUCACCUCGCCUGCCCUGCUUCGCCUAAAGCGUACCAGAUCAACGCGGUCAAGACGCUCAAGACCAGCUUCAUGGGCACGCUGAACAUGCUCGGGCUGGCGAAGCGAACCAAGGCGCGCUUCUUGCUGAGCAGUACUUCCGAGGUCUACGGCUCGCCGAGCGUCCAUCCUCAACCAGAGACCUAUUGGGGCAACGUGAACCCCAAUGGUCCUCGCUCCUGCUAUGACGAGGGAAAGCGAGUUGCCGAGGCGCUCACGUACGGGUAUGCGAGGCAAGACGGCGUUGAUGUGCGGGUUGCGAGGAUCUUCAACUGCUUCGGUCCUCGAAUGAGCGCCGACGAUGGGCGACUCGUCAGCAAUUUUGUCGUCGCGGCUCUCAAGGGCGAACCUUUGCAGGUCUACGGCGACGGCGAGGCUACGCGUUCGCUUAUGUUCGUCCACGACCUGAUCUCCGGCUUGAUCGCCUUGAUGGAAUCCGACUACUCCGAAGGACCCGUCAACAUUGGUUCUCCUGACGAAGGCACCGUCCUGUCCUGGGCGUCGACGAUCCUCGCACUCGUCAAGGACCUCCGCGCGACCGGCUCGAUCCCGCCUCUCGCCGCCGGCCAGAAGGAAAGCGAGAUCGAGUUUGUCCCGGCUGUCGUUGACGAUCCGCCUCGCCGCAAGCCGGACAUCACGCUUGCAAAGGAGGUGCUGGCUUGGGAGCCAAGGUGGACGGUCAUGGCUGGGCUGGAGGAGACGAUUCGGUACUUCGCGAGCCAACUUGCGGAGGGAGAGUAG